AUGGCGAGUGUUGAGUGCGCGGUGGUCGUGCCGAUCGCCGACGUGGCGUACCCCCAGGACCUGGGGCAGAAAGUGCGCAUUGCAGGAUUCUGUUCGUCCUACGAUACUGAUACGGCCGAGCUGCUGCUCGAGCAUGAGCGAGCGUGCAUCGCCGUCGACCUCUCCCUGCUCCUCGACUCGGGCGAGCGCCUGGAAAUCUUUCCCAAGUCCAAGCUCAUGUGCAUCGGCACGCUCGAGAUGCGUGCGGAGCGCGCGGCACACGACGUAGAAGGGCCCACGCGCCCGCUGUCCUCGCCGAGCGCACACGCGCAGAAACGCGCGUUGCGUGCGGAAGAGAUGCACAUCUCGCCGAUGGUCGUGCGUGCGAUCUUUGUAAAGCAAGUAGACAGGCUCGACCUGCGCGUCUGGGCGCAGGCGGCGCGGGCGCGUCUCGAUAGCAAGGCGCCGGCGCGCGACCGCGUGCAGGACGGGCCGAUGACGUACAAUGAAACGGUGCAGUGCAUCAGCGAUCUAUUGGAGUGCGCGAUCCAUACGAUCCUGUGCGUGCGGCAGGUGUACCCCAAAGACGUGUUUGUGCGCCGCAAAAAGUACGACGUGCCCGUCUUUCAGAGCCGGCACCCCGGACUGAAUGAGUACAUUGGCACGAGCGUGCGUGCGGUUACGCACGAGCUGCAGAAUUCGUCUGUGCGCACGGUCGUCGUCGCAUUGCACUAUGAGGACGCGCCGGAUAGCUCCGAGGCGCUCGAGCGCUACGUAUUCUCGCUCGACUUUCUCUUGCCAGAUACAGACGUGCGUAACCGCGAUCUAGUCAUCCGUGGAAACCUGUCGCGCGCCGCCGCCGAGCUCGUAUGCCGCCAGUUUCUCCUGCAGCUCCUGGCAGUCGAAGCACGCCUAUCGCCGGUGGAAGAGCGACCCCUCACCUUUCGCGUCCUGGUGGAAAUGGCCGACGGAGCCGUGCCGACCGCGUCGGUCGACGCACCUACUCACGGCCCCUGGGCGCCGACCGACGGCGCUCCGUUCCGCGCAAAUGCCCUCGACGCCGCUACAGCCAGGCUCUCGACCCACGCGGCGUCAGCGGCGCCGGCGCCGCGGCUGCACCCGCUCAAGGUCCUCGAGUCGGGUGUGAUCAAUGUAUCUUUACAUGUCGAGGAGGAUGUGCCGCAGAAGCACGCUCCGGUGAAUGCGCCGUACGAUCCGCCGACCGAAACGCAGGCCGAGUCGCAGAGCAUGUCGCAGCGCGACCUUGACGACCCCGCGAUUGACGACGGCGUCGCAUCAUCAGGCAUCCAGCUGCGCAAGCGCAAGCUCUUUGCGCAGCCCCUCACGACCGGCGGCCCGACGUCGGACGCGUCCAGCGAGGACGACAGCGACGAGAGCCUAGGGUGA